UACCAAACGAUUACGUUAUAUUAGCUAACAUCACGCCAUCGGAUCUCCCUUAUCUCUGUUUCUCCGGGUCCGUCAAUUUGCCGGUCAGCGAAAUUGGUUUUAGUUUAUCUUGUAUAAUUGCCCCUCGCCGUAAUCGUUAUUCAGUCAACAGUUGCCCACACGUCCGGCACUACACCGAUCUCUUAUUUCAACACCACCAGUUGUCAACGAUUGUCCCCGUCUGUAACGCUCUUAGGUAAGUUAAACAAAUAACCAUCGGGUGUUUUGCAUACCUCGUGUAGCAACUGACAGGGGCAUCUAUGUACCUACGCCGCGUGUCUAAUGAUAAUGUAACGCGCUCGCAUUGAAACUCUUUUAUUGAUUUCUUCGCCUUCGCACGCUGUGUAAACCGUAGGCUUAAAAGUUCGAAAAUAAACAAGUUAUGUUUUCACCUUCAAUGUAAUUCUAUGAAAGUUCUAUAUUUUAAAUACACCUUUGAAUGUCGUUUGAGCAAAACAUUCUAAUUACAUAUUUUAAAAAGCUGCAGUCUUAUAUUUGAUCUUGUACAAUCGAUUAUUUUAAUUUUAUUUUCUAUGUGAAAUUUAAAAUUUUUUUUUUUAUUUUUCGUUUGAUUUGUAUUAUCGAUCAAACCUGAACGAUUUUCUCUAGUCGUAAAAAUUUCCAAAAUUUUUAAUAUGAUCGUGUUCAGGUAUUUAAUAGUGGCGUUGGUAUAAAUCUAGUGUAGCAUCUCUUCGAAAAUUUCGUAUUUUUUUGUCGAAAACGCUUGUAUUUCUCAACGUUUUAAAAAUUGUGGUGCCAAAAGUGUUUAUCCGAAUUCAUUUGUUUUUGGGUUAUAAAGAUUCUAAAAUUUGGGUAUUUUAUAGUUGUUUCUAUUUUUAAAUUGCCCAUAUAAGGUCAGCGACCUGGUGAAGACCUGGGGUCUCUAGUUCCGCUUAUAAUGUUAACGCUUCACUGAUGACCAACAUUAAUAAUUUAUCACAUCUUUUAGGAUAAUACACGUAUAACCAUAUUAAUUUAACGCUGUUUGGUCUAGUUAGUUACUUUUAAACAAAUUAUUUGUUUUCGGUACUUUGAACUCAUUAUAAUUGAUUUUUAUUUUAUCAAGUCAUUUAUUUGUACGGAUAACGGUUUUUAAACUUGUAAAACGUGUAAAACUAUAAUACUGAAUGUAUUACAGUACAAUAUUUUUUUAAAUUUUUUUUUUUUUUGAUUUACGGUGUUUUUUCUUAGGAUAGCAGUAUACACCUAUACAUUUGUUAAGUAAGGAUAUUUUUUAAUACAAUCAUAAUCUACUCUUAAGAGUAGCUGCCCCACGACUGCGAUAAAAAUAUACAAUAACAAUCAAGUUGUGCAAACAAUGAGCAAAUUUUAUCAUUAGUGUACCAUUUAUUGCAGAAGUGUGUGCAAUUGCAUACUUUUAAUCUAGCUAUUUUAAUAAUUUUAUUAAACUGUAAAUUAUAUUUUCAUAUUUUGUUUUCUAAAAUGUUUUAUUUGUAAUGAAAAUAUCAUAAGUUGAUUUCAUUUUAUAUUUAAUUAAUAUUAUCAUAAAGGAAAUGGAUCAAAUUGAGUCAUCUCACUAUUUUUAAUUUGUCUAUAGAUAUUAAUAUCUAAAUUAAUUAUUAUGAUUCCGAUAAGAAAUUAUGUGUUUGGUACUUUUAUUUUUAAUUUGUUGAUUAUCCUGACAAUAAAUUAUGUAACCUAACCUAGUACACAUUCUAAAAGUACCUCAGUCGUUUUGAUAGUUUUAAAUUUACUGUUGUUUUAGAAUUUUAAAUGGUUUCCAUUCAUCGUGUCAUUCAGGUCCUAAUUUAUAUAUCUAUCAAACAUAAUUAUUUAUAAAUAAAAUGUAUAGAUUGAAUGUAAUUUAAAAAAUGUUUUCCAGAAAUACAACAUCCAAACUCCAAUUAAAGGAGUACUAACCUGCCAAGGCAUACCCUGAAAUUUUCAUGGGGGAGGGGAUAGUUUAUUAUUUUUAAUUUAAUUUUUCUCUAAUAAUUAUAAUUAUAGUUAAAUUCAUAACCAAAGGAUCACUGUUAAUAACACUAAUAAUAGUUAUAGAUACACAGUGUCAAACGCCUAUAUACACAUUUAUAGAAGAAUUUACUACAUUUAUGGAGGGGUGUCUGGACCCGAUAUCCACACCUCGGGUACGCCUCUGCUAACCUGUUUAUAACUAAGGACCCCUGGUUUUUAUCAUAUUUAAAUUUAUAUUUAAUCUUUCAAAGUAGUUGUGUUAUACAAUUUUACAAUAAAUUAUAGAUUUAGAAACUACUAAAGAAAUAAAAACAAUUUUGUUUUUUGUGGUCAUUCUAAUUUAUGUAGGUAGGUAUUUUAUAUGAAUCAGGUUAAUCAGUAUAUUUAACAUUUAUAUUAAAUAAAUUUAAUUUAUUCUGCAUUUUUAAAAUUUGAUAGAUCUUUUUUUAACUAUGUUUAUUUUAUUUCCUUAUUCACUACAUAAAUGUUUUCAUAGCAAAUUAUUUUUAUUUUAUUAUAUUUUAACAAAUUACUUACUAUAUAGGUGUGUAGUGUGGCAUAUUUCCUGAUGUUAAUUUAAUGUAAUUUUCAAAGCACUAGCACCGUUGAUGUGUAUUAAAUAAGUAAUUAUACACUUUUAAGAUAUUAGCUGUAUGUGCCAUUAUUUAAACUUCGCUGUAUAAUUUUAAAAAUAUAUAUUAUUAAGCACUAACACUGUUAUAUAUAUGCUGUAUGAAAAUUGAAUACAUUUACAUGAUUCUAUCAAUCAUUGCCAUGAAAUAAUAAGGACACUUAGUACCUAUCGCCAAAUCCAAUGAUAUGAGUUUAUAGUAUUAAAUUAUUAUUUACCUACAUUUGAAAAAUGCCAAUAGUCAUCUAUGAUUGAUGAACUGCUCAAUAAAAAGUAAAAUUAACAUUUUCAUAAUCAAAUAGACGUUUUAUAAUUUAAUACUAGUGUCAUGAAUGGAGAAUUUUCCGAACACAAGAAUAUUCUGAAAAUAUUCUCCUUAAGAUUAUGCUUUAAGUAUUAUUGAGCAUGAAAAUAUUUUAAAAAUAUUAAAUAUCACAAUAAAAUUUAACGAAUUUAACAAUGUUAGUAAUAAUUUAGUAUGAAUAAAAAAAGGUUGUAUAAUCCUAGAAUGUAAUUUUACUCGACCGUAUAAUUUCGGAAUUUAAAUGUAAUAGUACUUAUGCCUAGAUUGUAUUUUAAAAAAUAAAUAUGUCAAUUAUAUAGUACCCUACCAUAGGGUUACGGACAUUUUAUUUUAUGAACCUCACAGUAUCAGACACUACAAAUUCCGGAAUUUAUUAUAUCUUCAAUUAAUUUUAUGACUUUUAAUUUAGGGUCAUAGGUCAUAUAUGCAAUUAAAAAAUUGGUAUUUUCUUUGUGACUAAGAUGGGUUUUGUAUAGCAAAUAUAGGGACGUUUUUAUCCCUCUCCUACUUCAAGAAUAACCACCACUGUAAUAAGCCAUAAUUGUUUGCAAUCAACAACAUUAAUAGUUUACUAUAAUUCUAAGAUCAGACUUUACAUUCUAUGUAUUUUUUCUGUCUAAUUUUAAUUUAAAAAGGUUACUGAUAAGGUAAAAUAAAUAAGAAGAUUUCUAAUUCUUCAUUUAUAAUCAUUCAGUUUUAACUUAUUGUAUAAUAUUUUUAGGCCAAAAAUUAAAAUGAAAUGUGUAAUUUUAUAAUAGUUGUAUCAUGAUUCAUCAAUGUAUUUUUUAUUUUUUUUAGGCGUGUAUAACAUUCAAAAUUUCGUCCAUAAAGAAAAGAAAAAUGCAGAACGGGUUAACGCACAAUUUCAAAGUCGCAGACUUAUCUCUUGCAGAAUGGGGUCGUAAAGAAAUUAUAUUAGCUGAAAAAGAAAUGCCCGGCUUAAUGUCAUUACGUAAAAAAUAUGCAGCAAACAAAAUUCUCAAAGGAGCUCGUAUUGCUGGUUGUCUUCAUAUGACUAUUCAAACAGCAGUUCUUAUUGAAACCUUAGUUGAAUUAGGUGCUGAAGUACAGUGGUCCAGCUGUAACAUCUUCAGUACUCAAGAUCAUGCAGCUGCAGCUAUUGCAAAAGCUGGCAUUCCAGUAUUUGCCUGGAAAGGCGAGACUGAAGAAGAAUACACGUGGUGUAUUGAACAAACUUUAGUUUUUCCAGAUGGCAAUCCCCUAAAUAUGAUUUUAGAUGAUGGUGGAGAUUUGACCACAUUAGUUCAUGAAAAGUAUCCUCAGUACUUGGACGGGAUCCAAGGAGUAUCUGAAGAGACCACUACUGGUGUACACAAUUUGUACAAAAUGAAAAAACAGGGUAUUUUGAAAAUGCCAGCAAUUAAUGUGAAUGAUUCUGUUACGAAAAGUAAAUUUGAUAAUUUGUACGGUUGUCGUGAGUCUCUUAUUGAUGGUGUAAAACGUGCAACUGACAUUAUGAUUGCUGGAAAAGUGUGCGUUGUCGCUGGUUUUGGUGAUGUAGGUAAAGGAUGUGCUAUGUCUUUGCAAGCUUUUGGCGGUCGUGUUAUAAUCACAGAAAUUGACCCAAUCAAUGCACUUCAAGCUUCUAUUGCUGGUUUUGAAGUUACUACUAUGGAAGAAGUUUGUAAUAAGGGACAAAUAUACGUGACAACAACUGGUUGCAAGGGUAUCAUUACUGGUGAACAUUUCCCAAAUAUGCCCGAUGAUGCUAUAGUUUGUAAUAUUGGCCAUUUUGAUUGUGAGAUUGAAGUAACAUGGUUGGAAAAGAAUGCCGUUGAAAAGAUAAACAUCAAACCCCAAGUAGAUCGCUACACUCUUUCCAAUGGUAAACAUAUUAUUCUUUUAGCCGAAGGAAGACUGGUCAAUUUGGGUUGUGCUACUGGACAUUCAUCAUUUGUCAUGAGUACAUCAUUUACUAAUCAAGUACUGGCACAAAUUGAGUUAUUUACCAAAAGGGAUCAAUACCAAAAUGAUGUGUAUGUUUUACCAAAAAAAUUGGACGAAGAAGUAGCAGCUCUGCAUUUAGACCACUUGGGUGUUAAGUUGACAAAACUCACUCCUGAUCAAUCUAAAUACCUUGGAAUACCAAUUGAAGGGCCUUACAAACCUGAUCAUUACAGAUACUAGAAUAGUAUUUAUUAUUAACAUUAUUGUCAUACUUUUGUCAACAAAAUAAAAAUAAUUUUACAUAGUUUUGUUCGAAGAGAUUAAUUUUUUCAAUAUUUAUCUAUUUUCCAUUAGUGCACAACUUGGUUUAGUCAACCUGAUCUAAUUUUAGAUUAUCUUUUCCUUUCUUCAAUACAAAUUUAAAUUUUAUCCAGGAAUUAUUUCUAAACUAGUACUAAAUAUUUCCGUGUUAUUAACUUAAGUAAAUCAUAAAUAUAUACACAGUCAAUAAAGAUAUUAUUUAUUUUAUAUUAAUUAUUAUGUUUGAAAUUUAACAAGAUAUUUUAGGAUAUUUACAAAUAACCUGUUGUAAUAAUAAAAACUAAUUUAGAAGUUUUAGAUUUUAAGAGAGUGGACAAACUAUUAAUUUUGUUUAAUUAUUUGUCAUAAGACUUUCAGGAGAAUCAUAAUAAUCGUAGUUUAAAAUUGAAAUUAGAUUUAAACAAAUUGUUUCCUGCACACACGUUUUGUUGACACAAUUCUAAAAAAACUAGUUUCUAAUUUUAUUUA